AUGCCUCCUCCUCCCUCGUCGCCCUCCGACUCAGGUUACGAGACCGGCGGCAACAAUGCCGAAGAGGACGAUGAAUACGACUUCUACGCCCACAACCGCCCGCCCUCGCCCGUCACCCCGCCGCUGUUCCCUUCGCCUCCGCGCCAGAAGCAGCUGCGUCUAGCCCGCAAGCAACAGGAGGCCGCCUCUGCCGCCGCCGCCGCUGCGGCCGAACAACUGCGCAACAAGCACUUCCUCGACAAGCUGAAGGAGCUCCAGCAAGAACGCGCCAACGCCGACGACAACGACGACGACGAGAACUUCGACGGCGCCGCCGACGGCCGCCAGCUUCACCCUCGCACCCUGUCCAUGGAAUCCGCGUCCUCGGCUUCCUUCGACAUCAUCCCCGACGACGAGGCCGCCGCCGUCCGCCGGCAGGAGAAGGCGGCGCUCGACAAGAAACACGACGAAGAGUACUUCAAGCGCGUCACGGACCAAUCCGUCAGCGGCUUCGGCGUGCACGCCGUGCAGGAGGGCCUGAAGGAUCUGAAGAUGCGGACCGAGCCCGUCGCGAAGCGCAUCGAGGAGAGCCGCUGGAUGAAGAAGACGGUGGGCACGCCCGAGGAGCUGGGAUGUCCGUGCUGGAACUACCCGGACGAGGGAUGGAGGUUCUGCCCGUUCCACGAGCCGGAGGCGCAGGAUGGUGGUGUGGGCAAGAGUGCCGGAGACGUGGGCUUUGUGGAUGAGGGAGUCGUGGAGGACGAAGACGAUAAGCUGGGCGAGUGA